AGGUAUGCUAAGUAGGUUGGGGGAAGUGUGCCCAUUGCAAGCAGACAUGUUGCAAAGAAGGCUGGACUGAGGAAUUCGGGCUCUGUGAGCCGUUUUUAGGGGGUACACUUGUAUGUUAUUCCGAAAUCGUACUGCCAAAGGAAGGGGGAAACACAAGGAGAGGACAGGAAACCUCGGAACGGGAUACUAAGAACAGAACGGGCGGAAAAAGGAGUGACUUUUCUCGCGCGGAAACCACCAUCUUGCUGGGUCGGACCGUCGAGGGGCUAUUGUCCUCACACUCAACAGUCCUGCAAAUAUCAGCUUUCCUGGGCACACAAAUAAUGCCCAAGCUCUGGACCGCCUUUGGAAGGAAUGUCCUCACAAGGAGUGUACCAUCUUGGUUCUCAUCACUCCAGUGCCUUCAGCAGUUGUAAGAAGCUACGAGUCGACCGUCCUGACCAUGGGAUCCCCAUUAGCACAGCUACCAUCACGGCGUCGAUAGCCCCCCUCCAGACCCUCAAUGCCAAUUUGCGGAACGCAAAUGUGGCGGCCGUCAGCGCUAACAAUGCCAGCACGCUCCAUGCCAACCAGAACUUUGUGCGAGCCUCCACUAUCAAGCUUCUGGACACCUACCAGAAGUGUGGCCUCAAGCGGAAGAGCGAAGAGCUGGACAACGUAACUCACCUCGACACCUCACAUCACAACGCCAGUGGCAAUACGGUAACCACGACCACCACGAAUUCCUCAAAGAAUAGCUCCUCGAACAAUGAGGGUGACUACAACCUGGUGCAACAUGAAGUGAUUUGUUCCCUGACCAAUCGGUACGAAGUGCUGGAGUUCCUAGGACGCGGGACGUUCGGGCAGGUGGUAAAAUGUUGGAAGCGGGGAACAAACGAGAUUGUUGCGAUCAAGAUCCUGAAGAAUCACCCGUCGUAUGCGCGGCAGGGGCAGAUCGAGGUUAGCAUCCUGGCGAGAUUGAGUGCGGAGAAUGCCGACGAGUUCAACUUUGUGCGGGCGUACGAGUGCUUCCAGCACAAGAACCACACAUGCCUGGUCUUCGAGAUGCUGGAACAGAACCUGUACGACUUCCUCAAACAGAGCAAGUUCAGCCCGAUGCCUCUCAAGUACAUCCGUCCUGUUCUGCAGCAGGUUCUCACCGCCCUCCUCAAACUCAAGAGCCUCGGUCUCAUCCACGCAGACCUGAAGCCCGAGAACAUCAUGUUGGUGGACCCCGUGCGGCAGCCGUACAGAGUCAAGGUCAUUGACUUUGGUUCGGCCAGUCACGUUUCCAAGGCUGUGUGUUCCACAUACCUGCAGUCCAGAUAUUACAGAGCCCCCGAAAUCAUCCUGGGCCUGCCGUUCUGUGAGGCCAUCGACAUGUGGUCGCUCGGCUGUGUGAUAGCGGAGCUGUUCCUGGGCUGGCCACUCUACCCGGGGUCAUGUGAAUAUGAUCAGAUUCGGUACAUCUCGCAGACUCAGGGCCUCCCACCAGAGCAUAUGUUGAACGCUGCAACGAAGACAUCGCGAUUUUUCAUGCGCCAGGACACAGAAGUCAACUAUCCAUUGUGGAGACUAAAGACCCCAGAGGAGCAUGAGGCUGAGUACAGCAUCAAGUCGAAGGAAGCGAGGAAGUACAUCUUCAACUGCCUGGAUGACAUGGCACAGGUGGGCUAUGGAAUCCAAAAGAAUGACUCUUCUAGACGUUCCAGAACUUGGCAGGUGAAUGUUCCAAGUGAAUUAGAAGGAAGUGAGCUGCUAGCUGAGAAGGCAGACAGACGAGAGUUUGUGGAUUUACUGAAGAGAAUGCUACAGAUUGACCAAGACAAGCGCAUCACACCAGGGGAGGCCCUCAACCACCCAUUUGUGACCCUGGGGCAUCUCGUGGAUUAUGCGCAUUGUAAUGUUGUGAAGGAGGCUGUAAGGAACUUGGAAGUAUGUCGGCGCCCGUUCAACUUGAAUCAAACACCUGCUCUGUUCUCCACUGCCCUGGAUCCAACACCAACCAACAACCUCACUGUGACCUUCAACAACCAACUCAAUGCAAUGAGUCAGGCCCAUGGAGCUCUAGCACCGCACGCGCCUCAGGUGACCCAGGCUGCACCCGACUUGUCGCUGCUGAACUACCAGCUGCAGCCGGGGCCGUGUUUCCCGUACCAGCCGCCACAGGUCCAACAGCGACUGGCACAGCAGGCGGCGCGCACCAACGGACAGUUUGCAGCGACAAGGACAGACCCAUUCCAGCAGUCACUCUGUGUCAACUCCUUCAUCGGAGUGCCCGGGUAUCAAGGUCUGCAGUCAUCACCCUCAAAGCAUGUUGGGUACAACAUGCGGGUGGAUAACCCUGUUGCCAUGGUAACACAAGCCCCACCCACCCAACUUCAGCUGCAGCCACAGUUACUGACACAGAACUCCACACUCCAGGCACGGCACACUCCUGUGAUGGCUCAGCUCCAGCCAGGGCCACAAGUGGCCAAUCAGCAACAGUUUGUGCCUGUCACGCUAGCAGCCGGCACCGCAGGCUCGGGCUGGUCCCAGACUGCCGCACGUGCCCAGAACGGAACCCUGUUGUUGAGACCUGCUCCCGCUCCCUCACAGACAUGGCCGGCCAACAGGCAGGUGCUGAUAGCGCCAUGGCAACAGCUGCAGAGUGUCGCCACUCAGGCACCACCUGCCAUGCAGCCUCAGCAGACGGUCAUACAGGAAGCCAUAGCAACCAAUCAGCCUAUCACAGACAACUGGAGACACUCCCUUGUGGCAGCACCAGUGCAGGAAGGUGGGCUGAUCCCAGCAGAGCAGGGCGUGCUUAUUGGAGACGGGAGACUGUAUGACCAUCUGGUGGAUCAACGUCAGUUGUCGGCGCAUAGAAACCCUGCCAGCCAGUUCAAUCCAGUGGUGACACAGUCUUUCCUGACCAACGUCCCCAUGCCGCAGACCAGUAACGUCUGGAACCUUGGCAUGCUACCGACCAAUCAGGUGAUGAACCACCAAAAGAGGCAUGGGAGAAGUGGCCAGAACAGAAGACAAGCUGCGGCACAGAGUCAGCGGUCUUCCCCACCUGCCACGAAACAUGGCAAGCACAGCCCACCCGUCACACAAGGGCUGAGCGCAACUGUUACCACGGCAACCUCCAAUGCUCCCACCCUGCUGCGGGCGACAUCGCCCAUCAGAUUCCGGGAAACACACACCAAGAUGGAGGCUUCCUCGUCACCAUACAACAAGCAGCGGCAGCCAAUCGUGAUCCCUGACAGUCCUAGUCCUGCACCAGAUCGACCAAUCAGCGUGAUCACCAUCAGCAGUGAUAGCGAGGAUGAGAGGAACAGCCCUCAGGGGUGUAAGGACAGAAAGUGUGAGGCCUGCAGUAACAGUGGGUGUAACAGCAUGACCCAGUCCUGCUCGCUGAGUGGCUCCAGUGUCCUAAGCGCCAGUCCUGACGGCUCCAGCUCCAGUAGUCUCAGUGUCAGCCCUGUCAAGGAUGACCACACCACUGACAGGCGGAGGGACCAAGUUAUCAGCUGUGUGACAGUCCCAGAUUCUCCAGACUCAGAUUCGAGUCGGAACAUGAGCCCAGAGAACCUUGGGGCGAGUCACAUCAGCCAGAUGAGCGUGGACUUGGCAGCCAACCUGCGGCGGCACAGCAGCACGCACACCAUCGUGGUAACCCCCAACAACAGCAGGCCCGUCAGCCAGAACCUGGGCUUCGGGAGUUUGGAAGACUUGAACAGAAACCGGCUUGCAGAAGAUGCUGCGUCAAAGUCUCACUCUCCAAACAUGGCAUCACCACUCGAGGUGGAGCCGCCAAUCAGAGGUAACUCUUCUGCGAGGAAAAAUCUGGAACCACUUCUCAGCCAAGGCGUGAUGGGCAAACAUAACAGUAUGCAGGGUGUGAAGCCGAAGACAGAAGCAUCAGCCCAUGCAGCGGAGUAUGGGAUGCAAGAAGAGAUGGAUUCCAAGGAGACUUUGAGAGAGGUGAAGGUGGUGGGAAGGGCAGAUACCAUGGCAAACAACAGGCCAGGUAGAUCUUUGAAGAAUGCAAUGGUGCAUCCUCAACCACAAGUACACCGUUCCCCUAAGAAAAACUUGAUGGGAAACCACCCGACGCAGCCUCAGUUCCGCGGGAGGCCCAAUGUUGUCAACGUUCUGCCACAGCAACAGCCGCUCAACCUCACACAGGUGUCUCCCAUGCAGACCCAAGGACAGCCUGUUCUCCUGGCCACCCAGAACAAUGCCCGACAACAGCCUUACCUGCCUCAGCAGGUGCCGUUUGCAGCGCAGGGCAGCCCAACCCACCGGCAGAUCCUCACAUCGCAGCUGCAGCCCUCACAAGCACACAUUCCUAUAUUCCCCCAGCCCCUGGGGGUACGCUCCCCCGGGGCGGCGCUUCCCCCUCUGGCCCAUCAGAGCCCGCGGCACUCUCUAGCUGCACACCUUCCUGUCAACCCCACCUUGCUGGCCUCCACGGGGCAGCACCUCGUCGGGCAGAGUCAGUUCCAAGCAAUAAAUCGUCCAACCUACAUCGCCGUGACGACGGCCGGGCCCAUGCUCUCCACCGCCUACAACCUCAGCCCUACCCGCUCACGGCAGUACCAGUACAUCUACCAGCCAUGACAGCCAGAGGGGUGUCUGCCUGUGGCAAGGGACAUUUUCUUGGUUAUGGUACCGGGUGGUUUGCCUGGUUGGUGCGCAUGUGCAUGCCUUGGCUUGUUCAUUGUACGUUCAUUUGUAUUUGUCAUGUUUUAACCUUUCAAGGAAUGGUUUCAAGUGAUGAUAUAUGUGAGAUGGUCACUAUUGUAAAGGUGAAGGGUAAGGGAUCAGAGGGGAAAGGUCAUUCUGCAGAGGUCAGGAGAGCAGGAGGAAGGAAGGAUAUGAUAAUGAUAAUUUGGAACAUAGCAAGGUGAAUUACAUUGCGAAAGGAAGUUACAACAUAUUGUGUAACAAUGCUAGCAACCAGUACCUACCCGUGACACUUGGAUAUGAAUUUUAUGCAAAGUUGUAUGUAUUGGAUGAAAAAACAAUUUUCAUGAUUGCCUCCAAAGGUUCCUUGUACAGAGUUGUUUGCUUUGAAGACUAGACUGCUGAGGCACGAUCAAGAUGUAUAAAGAAUGUGUAAGUGUUGUUUGAAGUAGAUACGGGACUAACUCGAAGACCAGAAGCCAUUAACUUUUGUAUGUAUAAUAGCACAAAGAAAAAUUGGAUAAUUGUGCUUGAUUGCCAAACCACAGUAUUAUAGGACUGUAGAUGUUUAUUAAUAGAGGAACUUUAACCAAGUAUGCAGGCUUUUAUGCAAAGAGAAAGAUUUGAAUGUCCAUCGGAGUUUUAAGUGUGUGAUUUUUAUGGAAUGGUAUUGAUGAAAUUUUAACAAUGUAAUGGAUCUGUAUUUACCUUGUGUACACUUCAAAUAACUAUAAGAGCACCAAUCUCAUCACCUCUGAAAGUGGUACUCUUCACUUUGGAAGUGCAUUGGGAUUGGAUCAUUCUCAUUUUGGGGGGUAAUGGAUGGGGUGUGGUCAUGAAUUCACUAUCCCCUCUGUUCCCACCCCCACAGCAUUUUGAAGUGGACCAUAUUGUAUUUUUAGGUGUGGAGAAGGGGUGGGAAGUGGCCACAUUCCAUGAAACCCACCCCUCCCUACUCAAUGAUGGUAGAAUCUAUGUAAUGCCUAAUAACUAUCUGUCUGCUGGGAUGUACCAACAUGACAUGACAGGGUGAGAAAGAUCAGUGUUAUGUUAGAGUCUUAUUACACUAAUCUUUGCUGGCUAUAGUGUAGCAUAUAUACUAGAAUGUUGUGAGUGUUUUUUGGAAAUUUUAUGGAUUUUUACUGACUUCUGAGGGGCCAGUGAGUAUUGCAUGGUAUAUCAAUCACUAGGCUUCUUUUAAUCUGGCUUUUAUUCUAUCGUAUGAUACAGAUAUUUAUCUAAACAAUGUGGAAUUUGGUGGUCUUGUGAAAUGUUAGUAUACAGAGAUGUAACAUAGUAAUAGGCUCAUAUAUCGGUGCUGCUAUAGCAAACUAGAUAUGUAGAAUCGUCCUAUGCCCCUGUUGCUGGGGUGGUAUGUUCCAGGUAUUCUGCAAUACAUAAAUGUAGGCACAUAACGGACCAUACCACACUGCUAUGUGGCACAUAGAUGGUAGAAUAAGUUUGAUUGUUUCACCAUGUACAUGUUUUGUGUUUCCAACUAUUUGAAGUGCAUAUAUUAGAUGUUAAUUAUAGUUAGGUGUGCUCUAUUUUAUGGUGGUAAUAAUAUUUAUCCCUUACCACUACCAAGCAUUUGUGUCAGUCAAGUGGAACACAUGUUUUAAUCCCUCAUGUAUUUGCACUUUGCACUUGAGUUUUUAACUGCACUCCCUUCACAUAGGAAUGGUUUGGUCUAUGGUGCUUUAACCAUAAGCUUAGGGGGCCAAACCAAGAAUUGUACAAGGGGAGUCAGUAUGCCACAAAAGCACAAUUUACUGUAUUCAGGUUUCAUUGAUGUCAAAAUGAACAUAUGCACUGCUGAUUUGUACCUUAGCAUUUAAUGCUCGUAACUUCAGGGGUAUUGUAUGAUGUGCACACUGCCUUAUAUCUCUACAUGUGUAAUAAUUAGGGUCAGGCCAAGGGUGAGGCUUAAAGAUAAAGGUCAACUGGGAUUGAAAGAUAUGUGUUUUGAAUCAUGGGCUGCAAUGCCUUACAUAUGAAAAGAGUGAUAUGAAUGAAAUGCAUGUGUUGUUUUUAUUUGGAGACAUUUUAGUUGGCAAUGUACAAAAAUUAAUGACUUUAUCCUACGUUUUAAUAUCAUCCCAAGUGUUGAAAAUUAUUCUGAACCGUCUAGAUGUCUCCACAGUACCAUGUGCAUAAUAGAAUCAUUUAAAAUUGUGCCAAACCUAUUUGAGGAAUGUUUAAAACUUGACAGUUCCUCUAUCCUUUGCCACAGCCAUUCCCAGUUGAUGUAAGAAAGUUGUGUGAGGGCAGUUGGCCGAUCCUUCUAAGCAAUAUACAUGUAUCUUUAGCAACAGAAGUUUUCAGGGAGUGACGUCUGUAGCUUUCUAAUUGUGUAGGAGAGACAAUGUACAUCUGUGCUUGCCAACUUAACCGAUGUGUAGAUGGAUUGAGAUCUGUAGUCAAACUUAAUGUUGCCUAGAAAUUAGUGUAAGAUUAAAGUAAACCGGGUUUAUUUACCUGAUAUAGCAUAUUAAGCAUCACAAGUAUCAGCUCCAUGGAUUAACUUCAUUUCCAGCUCUGGUUGAUAGUGACAACCAACAUGUCACAUGUAGCUGGCUGUAACCUUCUCAGUAGUCUAACAUACUAACGACAGUUGCCAAACUGCCCCAUGUCAAAGUGUUUAGUUCUUAAAACAAAACUGUUAUUUCAGUGUUCUCUGUCGGUUUUGAAGGAGAUUAUCUUGGCUAGACUCUACCUCGUAAAUGUGAAGUCACAUGUAUGGAGAUCUAAGUGUACCUGAUGUAGCCCCCCUCCCACUUUGCUGCUUGCUGACUUGUAAUAAACACAGGUAUUCCUGUGGUGCUUGUGCUUGUGCCAGACUACACAAGCAGCUGCUAUCUAAAGGAUAUGAACUGUAUGCACACUAACUAACAUUUGGUUUAGCUGUCAAUCAAGGCUGGUGGGGGUGACCAUGGACAUUGUAACAUAUUACUGAAGUAGUAUUAACUGUUGUAUUGUUAGUACGUUUUCGCCAAAGACAUGGAAGUGGUAAUUGUGGUAGACUUUGGUAUUGACAGUGUCCCAAAUGUACAAUUGAUAUUGUUGUGGUGUUACUAUACAUGGCAGCUUGUGAUGCUUGGACAUGUUGAUUCCUCCAAAAUGUGUGCUGUUUUGCGUGUGUCCAAUUGGGAAGGAUUCCAUUGUUUACUUGUUAGGUGUUGUUUACUUACUGUGAUUUAUUAGCAAAACAUCAUUGCUAGUCGUACCAGAAUAGCAAAGAUACUGCAGAGCAUUGUUGCUAUUAAUUACAUGUAUAGCGUAUAGGCUAAGAAGUAAAGAUGACCUAGACUACAUAUAUGUAUGAAGAUAGACUAUGGAUUGAGUUUAAAUGUAGUCCUUUAAUCUUGGUGUUUCUCAGUGUAUCUGAAGUGACAACUGAACAAUGUUGCAUCCAUGUGACAACAACUAGCAAUAGAGAUCUGUAAAGAACCCGGUAACCAGCCGGGAAUAGGUUAGUGGUAAAGGACUUGCUGCAUUUUGCUAUUAACAAUUAUGCACUUGUGGUAUCUUUAUACCCAGCCCUCAAUGCCUUGUGAACAAUGUCUUCUGUCAGCAGUAUGGUUCAUUCUGUACACCCCUCAUCCAACUCCAGGUCACCAAAAUCUCACUGGUUGGCCAGGAACAAGGCAUAGAGAAAGCUAUGUCUAUGUUUCCUGACAUACCCCAUGUUCAAAUGCACUUGCAUAGUCCAAUGACCAAAUACAGCCAACCAGUACAACCACAACAUGCCAUUGUGGAUAAUUGGGGUGUCAGUGUGGAUCAUGGUAUCUAACAGAGACAUUGGUUGUGAAUUUUCCCUGUAACAAUGCGGUGAUAUAGCCUACCAUUUGUACAUGCGACUGUGUCUAACUCUGUACAAUUAUCUAAUCGUGUGCAAUACGAGUAUUUUACCGUAGAAGAGACUUUGUGCGAGAUGACGUGAACUAUUUUACUCUGGCGGAUUAAUACGUUUUUGAAGGAAGUGCUGUAGAAAUAGUGUACAGUUUGGUGAUACGGGAAGAUUAUUAAUAAAGCAAUUCACAUUGCAUGAUAA